GAAUGACAAUUAAUCAUUAACUAGGAAAAACUUAAACAACAUUCAUCAUUCUCCCUAAAUAGGAGUUUAGUUCAAAACAUCCAUAAUCAAAUCCAUAAUUAACAUUGAAAUAGAAAAGAACAUAGAAAAAUUAAAGAGAAGAGAAAGAACUAGUUGAAGCAAUUGAUCCGGGUCGCCACAAGCCGCUCUUCUAGCCUCCUCCUUUGUUUCUGUGGUUCCAAUUCGAAUCCCCUCUAAUUUUCACGAACCCUUACUAUUUAAACCAAUUCUCAUCUUUAAAAUUCGUGAAAUUACGAAACUGCCCAAAAAUCCCGUCAUAAGGGUCCCCGUCGCGACUGGCAAAGCCCCCGUCGCGACGGGAGUUCAACUUCAAAUUUCUUGAAAACUUUCUGCCAGUUCCCGUCGCGACUGGCAAAUUCCCCGUCACGACGGGAACAGGCAGCGACACCAAUCUUGGUUUUUCUUCUCGAUUCUUUCACCAUUUUUCCUCAAUUCUUGUACAUACUUUCUUUAAAUGCCCGAGGACCUGAAACAAAAGAAUCAAGCGUAAUAUAGCCCUAAAACUAGAAACAAAGAGUGAAAACUAACCGAAAUAUGACCCGAAUCUUAGACUAAUUUUAGCCUAACAAAAAAUACCAUAGAAGAGUGGCAAACCUAAAAAUGCCAUAUUUUUCUAACUUUGUUAUGAAAUCCCAUACACAAUAUCUUAUUGUUGUGAGAGAUGAGGUGGAUUGAGUAGUUAAGGCCCAUAUUAAAGCUUGUUGGAAACAAAGGAAGAAUUGUGUACCUGGGUUUAAUAAUUUAGCCCAUGUAAGGGUGGGCCUAAGUUACUGUUUUUAAUGAAACUUGGUAUGAUCAUGGUCCAAGAGAAGUGCAAAAGUGGCCUCAAUUCUCCAUUGGCGACUGAGCUGUACGCUUCUUUUCGCCUCCUUGAACUAAGUUUCGUUCUCGCAGUGAUAGCUAAAUGGCGAAAGAUCGGGACGGCGUGAUGCCGGAGAGAGAUGACAAGCGUGUAGAGAGAGAAGAAGAAAGUGACAGAAAAUCCAGGAAACUCCGGGAAAAUUCUUUCCAUGAAUCCGAAGAUGAAAGAAAACACAGCAAAUCCAAAAGGAAAACGCGGGAAAGUUCCGAUUCCGACGGUGAAGACGUAAAACACGAGAAAAGCCAAAGAAGGAAGCGAAAAUCGCGGAGACGAUACAGCAGCGAGGAGGAAACGAGUUCGGGCUCCGAAUCAGAGUACUCGGAUUCUGAGGAUAGUGGUACGGAAUCGGAGUCCGAGUCGGUGUCUGAGGGUUCGGGCACGGAGGAGAGCGAGAGUGAGAGGAGGAGGAGGAAGAGGAAGAGAGAAAAGAGGAAAAGAGAGAAAGAGGAGGAGAAAGAGAGGAGGAGGAGGAAAAAAGAGAAGGAGCGGAAGAGGAGGAGAAAAGAGAGAGAGGAAGAGAGGAAGAAGAAGAAGGAGAAGAGAAAGAAGAAAAAGAAGGAGAAAAAGGAAAGAGGGAAGAAAGGUGCUGUCACGAAUUCGUGGGGGAAGUAUGGGAUUAUCAGAGAAACUGAUAUGUGGACAAAACGACCGGAGUUCACUGCUUGGUUGGCAGAGGUGAAACAGGUUAAUUUAGAAAGCUUGCCCAGUUGAAAAGAAAAAUAGAUGUCUAAGGAAUUCAUGGAAGACCACAACACUGCAACUUUUCUUUCUAAAAAGUAUUAUAGCCUUGAUGCACAUUUCAGACACCAACUGGAAAAAGAAAUGAAAAAGGGUUUCAAGAAGGUUCAGGAAAAAGAACGUACAGUGUUUAAUGAUGAAGAAAUACGCAGGCAAGAAAUGAUGAUAGUACGUGAAAAGCAGAAAGAAGAAGAGGUGGCAGCUUUGAAGCGGUCCAUGCAGGGUGGAAUGGCACAAGCAAUGAAAGAGCAAGCUCAACUCAGGGAGGAGAUGGCUUACCAGUACAAGGUUGGAAAUAUGGAGGCUGCAGCUGCAAUUCAGAGAAGGCUGGAUCCAGAUGUUGCUAUGUGAAGGCCCAUGAGAUGUGUUGAAUCAUGAAUGACCUCUAUUAUUGUUGCCUGCAGUGCAUAUACUUACUGAACUUUUGUAAGUCCAUUUGGCUGGUGAACAAGCCAAUCCCAAUCCUAAGUUGAGUUCUAGGAGACAAAUCUGUGAACAGAUUUCAUUUGAUAAGUUUUGCAGAUAUAUUAGAGAUCAGUGGCCAUUGCUUUUUAUAGAUUCUCUGACCUGAGUGACCUCACAAUUAGAAGGCUAUAGUAAGAGUUAGACUUUCUGCACAUUUUUCGGGUGUUUCCAGAGCCAAAACAUACACAAAGUUAAGGCCUUGUCUGGAAUAUGGCAUCCAUGCAUUUUGUUCAGUCCGAUGAAUAUUGAUCCUAUAACUCAUCUGGUUUCCCGAUGAAUUAUGGGUUUAUAAUGGUUACACUUGUUUUCUAAAUUUCAAGUUACAGAUAAAUUCAGAUCAACAUGUAUAAUUCUACUUCAAUAUUUCAUAGGAAGUGCUCUCACUUAUUUCUUC